AUGCUGGCACUGGGCACGCCGGAAAACCUGCGCCGCCGCUUCGGUGACGCACUGCACGUGCAUCUCAUCAGCAAGAGCGCGCCUCACACGUCGCCCGAGGAGACGGAACGGGUCCGGCAGUGGGUGGAGGCGCGCUUCCCUGGUGCCGAGUUUGACAAGACGUAUCACGGGCAGAUGCGUUUUGCGGUGCCGGCAAGCGAGGCUGUCGCUGUGUUCGGAGAGCGGCACAGGGACCAGCAGCAGAUCACGCGUUCGAGCGAGGAUGUUGAAGACAGCGCCGUGGGGCAACUGGUGGUCAUGCUUGAGGAGAUGAAGGAGGAGCUGGGCAUCAUGCACUUCAGCGUCACGCCCACGACGUUGGACCAGGUCUUCCUGACGAUUGUGGGAAAUCACAACAUUCAGGAGGAGGGAUACAAGCAGGAGGAAAAGAAGAAGAAGGACUGGAAGUACUGGUUGCGGGUGUUGUGCUGUUGGCCGAGGAGGUAG